UUUCCAUUAGGCACAAGGAGCACCUCGAAAAAAGUUGGACCAGUUAAGAGAAAAUGCUCAUGCUUCAACGAGAAAUCAAAUGGAACUUAGAAUUAAAGAUCUGGAAUCUCAGGUCUCUACAAUGAAGACUUCUCAAGAAGAUUCUACUAAAACAGAGUUGGAAACCUACAGGCAACUCUACCUAGAAGAAUUAAAACUUAGAAAGUCCUUGAGAAAUAAGCUGAACAUGGCUAAGGAGAGACUGUCAGAGAGCAAUACAAAAUUUCUUGUGGAGAGACAGCAGCACCAAACUUUACUCAGGACCCUUACUAUGAGCCCAGGCCUGGAACCACCUUAUUGUGGACAUUUUGAAAAUAAUUUAGUGCUCAAUGGAAACCUUACUCCAAGAGGAAACUUAGUGAUUCCUACCUUAAACCCACGGCCGUCAUAUGAUGACAGGGAGACUUCCUUGUGGAAGAUGCAGCGGGAGUUGGAGAAAAGAAUAACCAGAGAACUAGAAGAAGGUAUGUUGCCAAAAUGAAUGAAGUUAGAUAUCAUUGAUUUCUGAAAUAAACUAUAAAUAGUAAAUGGCAUCCUUUUCCAUUGUUUGGAUAAUAGAUACUACAUUCACAUUUUUUGUACAUAUCUAAUAAAAAAAUGUAAAAGCAUGAGCAUAAUGAAGAACACACUUCUUCCUCAUUUAGUCCUCAUGUUUCAUAGCUCUUUUAAAAUCUCCCACAAGUCUAGGGGCAACCAGGUGGCUCAGUCGGUUGGGCGACUGAUUUCAGCUCAGGUGGGUUCAGGCCCCACAGAGGGCUCUGUGCUGAAAGCUCCGAGCCUGGAGCCUGCUUCGGAUUCUGUGUCUCCCUCUCUCUGUGCCCCUGCCCGCUUGUGGUUUGUCUCUCUCUCAAAAAUAAAUAAACGUUAAAGAAGUUUUUUCAAUCUCCCUAAGUCUAUAUAUCUGUUAUUAUUUCUGGCGACAAUCUUCGUUCACUGGUGCC